AUGGGUUGCUGCGGGACCAUCCCGUCGCCGGAAAACUCCUCCGCCGUCCUCCUCCGCCGGCCUGCGAGGGCUGCUCGGGCGUCCCCGCGGCGCCUACUGCGCAGGACUCGCGCCGUAGCUUGCCUCGGCGGGGGAGACCCACCGGCGGCGGCGGCAGCGGCGGCGGCGUUGGCCGGAGGGCGAAGCGCCGGCGCCUACAGUGUUGACUUCCGGACGCUGGCCGGCUGUAAGCUGGGAAUUUCCCGGUACCCCGACUUCGAUUACGACGCGUCGGGCGGCACGGGGACGGCGGCGGCGGCGGAGGAGGGCGAGGAGAUCUUGGUGACUUUCGACGCGGGGUCACUGUACAUUCCGCCGCUGAUGACGGCGACGACGAGGUUCCUGGGCCUGCCGCUGCCGCCGUUCCUGAAGAUCGAGAUCGUCCCGGAGAACUUCCAAGGGAUCAUCAACAGGGAGACCGGGCAGGCAAACGAUCCUCUCCUCUCCUCGUCACUGAUUUCGGCAACCGAUGAUAGAACUAAAAAAAGGAAAAAAAGGGUCCUUUGUUGACUGAAACUGAGAACAUUUUUGCCAUAAAUAGCACAGAACAUUUCUUCUUUUGGAACCUCAUAAAAUGAAACAGCUUCUCUCCGUCGUCUCGGAGGUGGGGUUCUGCGCUGAUUCCUAUCCUCUUCUUUUUCUGAUUGCUGGGCAUGGCAGGUGGACCUGGACUUCCGCGCCAGGUUCUGGUUCUCGGUGGGGAGGAUCUACCGGGCGCCGCCGCUGCUGGUGGAGACGAGGUUGACCUCGGAGGAGUCAAAGGGGUCGAUGAGGGGAGGGCGAGGGCGGCGGCUCGACGGCGGCGGCGCCUGCACCCUCGUCGGCGUGGCCACGGUGGCUCCCGUCGACGACUUCCUCAUGGACUCCUUCCUCCGCCUGCCCACCGAGUGCAUCGCCCAGCUGAACGCUCGGAUUUCUAUCUCGGCCACGCCAUAG